AUGCAUCCAUCUCCAUUCCCAUGGCCUACAAGAUCUCCAGGCCUCACCGUCUGCGAUUUCUUUCUGUGGGGUUUCAUGAAAUCCCAGAUUUUCAAUCGGCCAGACCCACCUGACACGGUUGAGCAGCUUAAGCUUAUGAUCUGUGACGUUGCAGAUGAGAGACGACCGCGACCUCAGACUGCGAGCUGCUCGAAUGGAGGUAUGUGCUGCAAGGAGAGGUGA